AUGAAAGCUUUCCUCACCCUAUUUCUCGUCACAACGGCCGUGGUCGCUUCGCGAUAUCACCUCAGAUGGAACUACUGGGAUGCGCCAUUUCUUAAGAAUGUUAGCAACGAAGGUAGAAUUGAAUAUGGAAAAAUAAUCGCUGACUGGAAUCUGACGACUGUUCAAGAACAGGAAAAAAUUGCAGCAUGGGCUAAAAAGUAUAAUCGCACUGGAGAAGUGAAAAAAUUCAUUGACAAAAUGAAUGACGACAUGAAGCAUCUGAAGCAGCAUGUCGCCAAACUCAUUGCAUCUUUACCAGCUGCUUAUGAGGAGUACAUGAAAAUCACUGAGAACAAAGAUAAGACCUUA